GAUGGAUAUAAAUGUACCCGUGACUUUGGUCAUUCGUGCUCCUAACCAGAGAGUCGAGGAUCACACGGUUGAAUGUAUGUUAGGAUGGACAGUGAAGAAGUUGAAGAGGCAUUUAGAGGUCGUCUACCCUAGUAACCCUAAAGAAACACAGCAAAGGCUAAUAUACUCUGGAAAGUUGUUAGCCGAUGAAAUGACAUUGAAAGAAAUUAUCAUCCAGAAUGAAGAAAAAGUUCACCAUACAGUCCAUUUAGUUUGUUCUCCAUCCAUGGAAAAUGCUAAUGAAUCUCCUAAACCUCAUGAAAAAACUGUAAGCAGUACCAUUUCUUCCUCCUACACAUCAAGAAGCACACAUAGCUCUGAAGGACUACGCCAUCGAAUCAAUCAUAGUCAGACUAGCCAGCCAACCAACAUAACCAGCAGUUCCAACACAACACCCCCCACACAAUCACCUCCCCCAAUGAUGCCUAAUGCCAUGGGCCCAGAGCAGUACAUGAUGAUGCCUAAUGCCCCUGGUAUGGCUGUCACCCAAGAACAGUACAUGAUGAUGAUGCACAAUUACUACUACCAAAUGACUACACAGUACAUGCAAUACUAUCAGACAGGAACGUUUCAACCUGUAACCCCCCAAGUUGUUACGGAUCAGGAGAAUGAGGCCCCCAGACAAAACAAUCAGGAGGGCCCCGCUCCCAGACCAGACAACGCUAAUCAAGUGAUGAACGCACAAGGAGGCCUGGAAGAGGAUGACGAUGAGGAGUUUUUCGGUCCCAGAGACUGGCUAGAUUACGUUUACACCUUCAGUCGAUUCCUCGUCCUGAUCAGCAUUGUUUAUUUCUACUCAAACUUCACCAGAUUUCUGGCUGUUGCUGCUUUUUUCUUUUUGGUUUAUUUAUAUCAGACAGGAUGGUUUGGUGUACGUCGUAGAAAUCGGGAACAAGAGAUUGAAAUUGUAGUGGAACCACCACAACAACCUGAAAAUGUUCCCAGGGAUCCAGGGGCCGAGGAAACUCCUGCUGAGGAGGAGAGUAAUACACCACAAACAGAAAGUACUCCCACAGAUACCCCUGAACCCCCUCCCCCCGGGGCUCUGACAGUUGCUUGGAGUUUUGUGUCAACCUUUUUCAGCUCAUUAAUACCAGAACCUCCUGCUCCAGUUAAUGCUAAUUAAUGUCUCAAUGCCAAACAAUAUCAGAAAUCCAAUUACACUGUGUCAUUCAUUUGUGGUCUGUGAUCGUUUUUAUAUUUGGGCAUAAGUAUUCCCAUUUACUUUCUGAAUCUUUUAUGGACAUGCUCAUUGUGGUACUGGUAAUUUGCUUUCUUUCAUUUUCUCAAUAUUUGAUGUGAAAAGUCAGCUGAAGCCUGUAUCAGAUGUGAUUACCUGAAAUCCAGUAUAUAUACAUGCAUAUUAUUUCAAGAAGAAAUCACUUUUACAUUUAAAAUAUAUGUUUGUUUUGUUGUGACUGCCAAAUUUUGUAUUGAUUUUGUUCAAAACUGCAAUUGUUUUUAUUUUGUUUGUUACUUUUUAUGUUUCAUGUUACAAAACAGAGAAAUUAUGUGAAGUACAUGUAUACUUGUUUAAUCAGAUGAACAACUUAUUCAGUUGUAGAUGGGUGGUGGCUUCUGUGCCAUAAGUGCAAAAACUGAAAAGUAUCCUGUUAUUAUUAUAUAAAGGCUGCAUAUAAAUAUGUAACAUUAUCAUUUGUUGAUAACAUUGUACAUAGGUCGUAGGAAAGUAAUUAUAUUAACCUGUAAAUAUGCCAUUCAUGCUUUACUUGGGAUUACAGAGUAUAUAGUUAUAUUGACAUCUGUAUGUAUCAUGUAAUCUAAUUGUUAAUUCAUCAAGUCAUAAUUGUACAGACACAAACAUGUUCAUAUAGCUGUGUAAAUAGACAGGUGCUAUUUCCUCAUCAUUUUUCUCAUAGAGAGAGAUAGGGUAUAUGUGUAUGUGAGUGAGUUGAGAGAAGGGGGAUGUCAGAGAGAAUGAAUUCUAGAAGGAGUGUAUAUGGAGUUUUGAUAUUUAUAUUUGCUUUAACUUUAAGAAUAGAGACCAAAAUUUAUAUUAUUCUUGGAACUUUAGGUAAUUUCUUGUAGUGUUCAACACAUUUAUGAAAAAAAGAAAAAUCAGAUUCCUAAUUUUAGAAAAUUCCUUGUCACAGAAAAACUUAGUCUCCAUUUUGACAUAAUAUGAAUGUGUGUUUCUGUACUCCAAGCUUUAGGAGACUCGUCAUGUCUUACUGUGUGAUGAUUUGUGAAAUCCUUUGUCUUGCAAUCACUAUCAACAAUCAUUGUUGACUAUUUUACUUGUUAAGAUGGUAUAAUAACCUGGGAGCACUUUGCUUGCUUGGUGAAAAUAAAAUAUCAUGAAUCAA